AUGCGCAACGAUGUUUACGAGACCUCGAUCGCUAGCGUGGGUGAUUCCGAGGAAGAUGCUGCGCCUGAUGGGUCCUCUGCUUCUUACCCGUCGAUCGAUGGCAGACGUACAGCAUCUCCGGCCAUGAGCGAGCGAAGCGCGAGCACCUUCUUCAGCAGGAACGAUCCUAUAGAUGCCCUUCGCCGGCGACCGUCCUCGCUCAACCCCCUGGACAACUUCGGUCUUAUAGAAGUGCUCGAGCUAGACUCGAAACCGACCCUGAUAUUCGACUUGACAGCGUCUAACAGUGCUGGCGUCUUGCAGCCUGCCUACUGUAACCCCGCCUUGCUGGCCUCUGGGGAUCUCUUAGAGACGGUUACGGGGAAGAAAGAUAUCACGGUUCCCGGCGCAUACUCGCUAAGGUCCUAUUCGCGGUUCCGAAAGUGGAUCCUAGAGAAGCAACUGGAUUCCAUAGAGGGCGCGACUGAGAGUUUUUCGUACAGUGGGAUGCUUUGGGUCGAGACACUCUUCAGGGAGCGAUGGAAAAUAAUUAGCGGCAUAAGGAAUGGACAAAUACUUGAGACUGCGGACGGCUGCGAAUCCCCUGUCCCGGAGCAGCUCCAUAUAGACAAGCACAGAACAUCCGGGGCAGGGGUCAAAGAUCAGACCACUCGGUAUGAGCCAGCCGCAGUGACACACGCAGCCCCAACGUCGGCCAGCCGGCUGUUGGCCGCUGCUUCUGGGAUGACUAGCGUCUCCUAUCCCUUUCCGAUGGGCGGGUUCGACAUGACUGCGGAGAAUCCACCGCCAGAUUUGCCGCCGUUUUAUCACCUCAUCCGGGAAUUCGAUUGGGCUGCAACACCCGUGGGCGAUAUGCGAAACUGGUCUUCGCAGUUGCGGGUCAUGUGUAACAUUAUCAUGAGAGACCCCAACCCUGCCGUCAUGUUCUGGACCGACCAAUGCAUUAUGAUCUACAACGAAGCAUACGUGCCCGUCCUUGGAGAUAUGCACCCGGGCUGUUUGGGCACACCUGCUGACGUCGCUCUCGGCGAAAUCUGGACCCAUUUUAUACCUAUUAUAGAAGCGAACAAACGCGGCGAAGCAUACGAAGAGUUUGAUCUUCCGCUCUUUCUUAACCGACACGGUUUUCUGGAAGAGACGUACUUCUCAUUCAGGUUCGUGCCGGUACUAGACGACAGUGGUACUGUUGUCGGCCAUUACGAACCGAUCACUGAGACCACAAGGCAGAAAGUCUCGGAGCGGAGGCUCUCAACGCUUCUCAGCCUGAGCGAGCAAACGGCCAAGGCGCGCGAUAUGGAUGCUUUCUGGAUGCUACUGCUACGGACUCUAGAAUCAAACGACAAGGAUAUCCCGUUUGCCCUGCUGUACUCUGUUGAGGAUAUUGAUGAUUCGAACGACGCUUCCUCGGUCUCAACACAAAGCUCAAUCUCACCGAGGCAAUGCAUUCUCAAGGGAGCUAUAGGAGUCCCGGACGACCAUCCUGCUGCACCGGCACGCCUUGACCUUCAAGAGGGUUACAAUGGCUUUUUGCCAUACUUCAGGGUAGCGAUGAAGUCGAAAAAGCCGACCGUGUUCCGCAUUGAUGAUGGAACGAUUCCUGAUUACCUAACCAAAGACAUCUCGUGGCGUGGUUUCGGCGACAAGUGUUCGUCUCUUGUAAUCUCACCCAUCAUGCCGACCACGAGUGAGAACAUCUUGGGUUUCCUGAUUCUAGGGCUCAAUCCGCGGCGGCCGUUCGAUGACGACUACCAACAAUUCAUCCAGGUAGGCAGCAGACUUUGUGCGACCACCAUAGCUUCGGUCGUUUUGCUGCAAGAGGAGAUGGAGAAAAGAGAGAAAAUGUUGAACCGAGCUGCUCUCAUCCAGGAGCAGCUAAAUGAGCAAUUGACGAUUAGCCAGAAAGAAUCAAGAUUUCAGGAGCAACGCUUCCAACGCUUCGCCGAGCGUGCCGACGUGGCGAUCUUCAUUGCCGCAACAGACGGCACCUUCAAAUAUCGAAAUCACAAGUGGUUCGACAUCUUCAAGAUCGCAAAAGACGAGCCGGAUGUGAGAAAGGCCUGGACCGAACUGGUCUCCCCAGAGGAUAUGGCCUUCUGCGACAGGGUAUUCGGCAGCUUAGUAAUGGGGAAGACUGCAGUGUCUUUCGAACUGAGAAUGAAGAUGCUUUGGCAACCACCAAUCAUUCCGGAAGCCACCACAUCGAAGCAAGAGCACCAUGUAUGGAUCUUAUGUUCGGCCUAUCCAGAGCUGUCAGAAGACGGUGAAGUGAUAGAGAUCCUAGGCUGCGUGACUGAUAUAAGUCGUCAAAAGUGGGGCGAGGGAAUGCAGAAGCAGCGGACGGAAGACGCGCUUGAGAGCAAGCGCCAGCUGGAGAACUUUAUAGACACAACUUCACAUGAGAUGAGGAAUCCGCUAAGCGCAGUCAUUCAGUGUGCCGAUGGUAUCAUCACCUCACAUGGAUCCAUGAUCGCUACAGAUACGGAUAUCGAACAAGCAUACCGCAAUCUCCUGGAGACGUCCAUAGACGCGGCCCAGACUAUCCUCCAAUGUUCCCAGCACAUGAAGCGCAUCGUGGAUGACGUGUUGACGAUGUCAAAGCUGGACUCCGGCCUGUUGGUAUUCACUCCAAUCGACGCACGGCCGGAAGCCGUAGGUCGACAUGCCGUCAAGAUGUUCGAGGCGGAGGCGAGGGCAGCAGAUGUUAAGAUGCGGUUCGAAAUCGAGGACUCUUACUAUCAGCUCGGCAUCGACUGCGUCUCGUUGGAUCCUACCAGACUGUUGCAGAUCCUCAUCAACCUCAUCACAAACGCAAUCAAGUUUACGCGACUCGAGGCGAAGCGCUCCAUCGUCGUCAGCAUCGGCGCUUCCUUAACGGAACCUGACUUUAGCGCACAAGGUGUUCCUUACAUCCGAACAGCGACUGCUGCAGUAGAUCGCACGCUCAUGGCUGACUGGGCAGCCGGGGAGAACGUGUACCUGCAGUACUCGGUCCAGGACACAGGGCGUGGCCUCAGCGCCAGUGAGAAGGAGUUACUCUUCGCACGCUUCUCACAAGCAUCGCCACGGACUCACGUUCAGUACGGUGGAAGCGGCCUAGGCCUGUUUAUAUCACGCCGCUUGACUGAGAUGCAAGGCGGAGCCAUCGGAUUUCUUUCCCAGGAAAGGGCUGGCAGCACGUUUGCCUUCUAUGUGAGGGCCAGGCGCAAAAUAGCAUCGCCUGUCGAAGCUCGCCGCGGCUCCAUCGUCCAGUCUGACUUCCAGCCCAGCGCGGGCGGCCAGGCGCCUGUAGCACCUCUGCUGAAGCGUAUGGCUUCAGAGCAUCCAGGGCUCUUGGCAAACUCCGGCCUUCCCGCAGCUAAGGAAGCUCGUCCUCUCCGCGAAGUACCUUCCACGUUGCACGUUCUUGUCGUAGAAGACAACCUUGUCAAUCAGCGUGUCCUGGCAAAACAACUUCGAAACCUCGGCUGUGUGGUCAAUGUAGCGAAUCACGGUGGCGAGGCCCUGGACUUCCUCCGCAAGACGACACAUUGGACCGCCUCAGGGGGAGGCAACGAGGUUCUUUCUCUCAUUCUUAUGGAUUGGGAAAUGCCUAUCAUGGAUGGCCUAACGUGCGUGAGGAUCAUUCGUGGACUGCAGCAGGAUGGAACCGUCAGUGGUCACGUCCCUGUCAUAGCAGUUACAGCGAAUGUUCGUGAACAACAAAUCUCUGCUGCUAUGGAUGCGGGAAUGGAUGACGUCGUCUCGAAACCUUUCCGCGUCCCUGACCUGCUGGUCAGGAUGAGGAACCUCAUCAGCAAUCUGCCGCCGUGA